UCAAGCCACAAAUUUCCAACGCAUGUGAGGCUGCAGCCGACAAUCAACCUCAUGCAUAGCCCUACGAGACCACCUCAUCUUCAAUUGCUUAGAGUCAGCUGCAAAGGCAACCCCGACGACAUCCCGACCCAUUUCACCCAGGUACACGCUUUGAUUUCCCUUCCAGCCGCACACUUCAGCCACAGCAAAUCGAUCCGUUGACUUCUCGUCUCGCCUUUUGCUCACCUCACCUUUAAGCCCCCCCCGCCACAUCUCCAAUCUCACAUCCCCAUUUACCGCCAGCGCCGGAAGAACAAUGGAGACGGACCACAUCGAUAGUCUCUUGGAGCGCUAUCUCCUCCUGCUGGACGAGUACAGCGCCUUGCGCGAGCGCCUCAGCGGGACCCAGGCCGGCAUGUAUCAGAACAUUGCACGAGCCAACUUCUCCGCCGAGAGGGGCGUCCGUUACGGGCCGGAUUACUACGACCAGCGCAUGCGGGCUUCGAGGACCCUCGAGCUGGCGGUUAAUGACAGGGGUGUUCCCCGCUUUGAGGUUGUUAAAGCUGCGGAUGAUGGCGAUGCUGUGACGGAGCCGAAGGUGGAGGCUGCGGAGGACGGAGCGUCUGCGGCGGCGGCGGCGGCGAAGAGUGGUGAUGUCAAUGAGGCUCCGGGUAUGGAGUCGGAAGGGGUGACCUCCUCUAUUGGCGAGGAGACCGAGAGAGAAGCCGAGAAGGAGGGGGAGUCAGAGAAGGAGAAGGAAGGGACGAAGCAGAAGAAGAAGAAGAAGAAGAAGAAGAGCAAUGAUCCCCUCCGGUGGUUCGGGAUCCUGGCGCCGAUGCCGCUGAGGCAGGCGCAAACGCUCUCGGUGCAGGCCGUGCAGGACGUCAUCCCCCGGUUGGUCUCUGUGGAUGCCGAGAUGAAGGAUAUCGAGAUUGAGGUCCGCCGGGCGAGGAAGAGGCGGGUCAAGGCUGAGGCGGCGGCGGCGGUGUUGAAGAGCAAUGGUGUCGAUGAGGGCGGCGAAGCUGUGCGAAGGGAGGCGCAAGUUCCGAUGGCUGCUGUUUGAGUUGAGCUGAUGAGGGCAAUCUUCCGUUGAUGGAGAUUCAAAUCAUGG